CAGCUUCUUUGUGAUCUUCUUGACUUGUGCUCCUUCGAUUGUGACUUUCCGCUCAGAGUUAUUUCGUUUUCGAGGCAAAAACCUGCUUUGGGAGAAGCGGCUUGGUACGGUUGGACAUGCUCAACAUUUUCUCCUCCAUAGAAAACUCGGCAGAGAGUGUGCUUGUCGUCUCUUUCUCUUUCCAGUAAGUUUGUCAUGAACUCCCUUUCUCCUGCACUCUCUCUUCGAAUGUUUUGCUGCUCCAAAUCCUUCUAUCCUUGUGACUUGUCUUCAGAACUCCUGGCAAGCACUUGGGAACAGACAAGGACAUUGCACUGCUGACCUUCAACACGCAAGACGAGUACCAGGGUUGUCUCCGUGUUCUCCUUCGACUCAAAGAAUUCUUCGGGGAGCCGCUAGUCUUCAACUCGCCCCUGCCUGCCAAGCCCGGGGAGGUGGGGGCCAUGCAGUCCUUCCCCGAGCUCUUCGGCGAGCUCUCGGAGGUGCGGGAGGUGGAGACGGUUAGGAGGGGAAGGAUCGUAGUGAAGAGGAGGGAUCGCUCAUUCGAACGGUAAGGCUGCGGACGUGAGGAAAAGAGUCCCUGGCUCACUCGCCGGUGCAGAUUGUGCUGUGUGAUGGAGGGAAGCGCAGUCGAGAUUGUACAUGGGCAAGUGACGCGACGGGCAGAGGUCGGCGACUUGCUGUUCCUUAUCGACUUCCUGCAGCAUUUCACUGCAAACCAGGCGAGCACCUACGCGUCCAACGAUUGCAAGCAGCUUGUGCUUGCGCUGGUUCCCUUUGAAAAGGUGAGGGCAAGGCUGGACAGCGACGCAGACUUCUCGUCGAGGUUCUAUGAGUACAGGUCUGCUCCCCCUCCCCUCCUACUUCUCCUUCGCCUCGCCCACCCCCCACCUCCAUCCCCCAAACUGACAUUACACAUGUAACGUCAGCGCGCGAGUGCUGGCACUGGAGCUCUACAGGUACGGGCCGGAGACUCCGGUGAAGAACUUGAAGCUGUUUCACUUCCUCCGUGGCAACAGCACCACCUUCGAUAGCGAUGCCGUUUGAGUCUGGUACGAGGGGCAGGAACUUGUGAAUAGAUAAUGGGGCAGGAACUUGUGAAGUGAUGGGGGUCAGAAACUUGUGAAGUGAUGGGGGUCAGGAACUUAUGUCAUAGAAUGUUGAAGAUUUAGAGAAACUUGAAGAGAG